GGCAGGAGGAUCUGUGAUGUACAAUGGGGAAGGAGAGAGCUGUUUGUGCAUGGGGGAUUUCCCCCCCCCCCCCAGCUGUCUUAUGUGAGCAGGGCGUGGGCGUUUUCAGUACUUCUCUGGGUUGGUCCAGACCUGUUGCUUAGGCCUGAGAAGGAGGGUGGGGUAGGUGGUGAAUUUCUCAGAAUGGGAGGGUUUCUUAUUCAUCACUGUUCCUGACACAGAGAGCUCCCUUAUGGUUUAAGCAAGAGGCAAUCUAAAUAUCUCUUUCUUGGAAACCGGAUUUGUCUAAGGAAGGACGAGCCAAGGCAUGUUUCAGAGAAGCUGAAUUUCGGUUUGAGAAGGAUAUUUUAAUCAUCAUCCUGGGGGAAUUUUAAAUCAAGAUCAUUUGAACACUUUUUGGAACAGAGAUUACCCCCCCCCCCCCCUCGUCCUUUCUGGUUGGAUUUGUUUUCCUUAUGAAAUUUGAAACACCUACCACGACGAGACGUUCAGCUUUCCCUUUGUCACCAGAAACCGGCCACUCUGCAGCUAACUUUUGCAGAGCUGUAGAACAUUAUGGUUUUCUUUGAGGGGGAAAGAGAUGUAGAGAUGUGAUUCCCGUAUAUUGGGAGGCAGCAUUACUUCUCUGUGCUAUAAAGUGUGGCAUUUCCCUCUGCUUUCCUCAUCGGGAUCGGAUCUUUCCCGCACCAUGGCUUGGUGUUUCUGCUGUUGUCAGAAGUGCCAUUAUUUCCUGUCGGAAGAAGAUAAAGCUGCUGUUGUGUUAGAUGAAGAAAUCAACAAAAUACUGAGAGAGCAGAAAAAGCGAGACAGGAUGGAGCUGAAGCUACUUCUACUAGGCGCUGGGGAAAGCGGGAAGAGCACAUUCAUCAAACAGUUGCGGAUAAUCCAUGGGGCGGGCUAUUCAGAAGAGGAUCGCAAAGACUUUGCCAAACUGGUGUUUCAGAACGUCUUUGCCUCCAUGCAGGCCAUGAUCGGAGCCAUGGAGACUCUGCAGAUCCCUUAUGCCCGGCCAGAGAACGUGGAAAACGCCAAGCUGGUCAUGGGGGUGAAUGCUUCAAAGGUGGCGGCCUUGAACAGGCCAUACGCAAAUGCCAUUGAAAGCCUAUGGAGGGACGCGGGGAUCCGGACCUGCUACGAGAGACGGCGGGAGUAUCACUUAUUGGACUCGGCCCUGUAUUUUCUGUCCAGCCUGGAGCGUAUUGCAGAUGACUGUUACGUCCCCACAGCUCAGGACGUCCUGAGGAGCCGCAUGCCGACGACCGGUAUCCGUGAAUACUGCUUCUCGAUGCAGAAGAUGAUCUUAAGGAUUGUGGAUGUGGGUGGGCAGAAGUCGGAGCGCAAGAAGUGGAUACACUGUUUCGAAAACGUUAUUGCCCUGAUUUACCUGGCUUCCCUCAGCGAGUACGACCAGUGCCUGGAGGAGAAUAGCGAGGAGAAUCGGAUGAGGGAGAGCCUGGCCCUGUUCAGAACCAUCCUGGAGCUGCCCUGGUUCCAGAGCGCCUCCGUGAUCCUCUUCCUAAACAAAACUGACCUCCUGGAGGACAAGAUCACCCACUCGGACCUGGCUGCUUACUUUCCCAGCUUCCCAGGACCCAAGCGGGAUGCAGAGGCGGCGAAGAAGUUCAUUCUGGAGAUGUACGUGGACAUGUACAAGCGAUGCUCAGCUGUCCACCGUGAUGCAGGGCAGAGACCUUCCAAGCUGGCCUCCAAAUCCAGAUGCCUCUACCGCCACUACACCUGCGCCACGGAUACGCAGAACAUCCGCAAGGUCUUCAAGGACGUCAGGGAUGUGAUCUUGGUUGCCUAUUUGGACGACAUCAACCUGCUGUGAUGGGAAGGGCUCAAGCCAGGUUCAUGCCCGGCAUCGACAUCACAGUGCUUGGUGUUGCCAGGUCACAAGGGGACGAAUCAGCUGGGGGUCGGGACAACAGACGUUGGCUGCUGCUGCUCGUAAAACACGCUUGGAAUGUUCCCCUGAUGCUGUGUUUGGACGGGCGCCGGCCUGGGGCUGGGAGCACAUGUGGGGAACGGUCUCCCUUGGCUCAAAGGUCUGUGGAGCCGCCUUUCUCACAGCAUCCUGCCAGAAGCUCUGCUGAGCUGCUUGCAGAGCAUCAUCUCAGGCUUUCUCCAGGGGUCAAGUUUUACCCCGUUCUGUGGGAGAUGGGCCCGAAGCCCAGCACUGACAGGGGAUUGGCUUCUAUGAUGGCUUGUGUCUUCUUCAAGGGCUAUUUUCUCCAUCCCUUCCUGCUGGUGGAGGGGCUGCUUCUUGCCGGGACGCUGAGCCCAGCUUUGUUUUUAUUGUCAGGGGUUUUUUUAUGGGGAUUUGGCCCUAGGAAUAGGUGCUGGAUUGAGAGUCCCAGAGACCAAACUUCCCUGUUUAUCCACAGCCCCGGGGUAGCCUUCCCCAGCACUGCCCAGCCAAAGUCCUGCCCCUCUGACCUAUGGGGUCACCUGUAAGGAUGAGAGGGGAGUUAGACCACCGUGGCUCAUUCAGUUGUUGGCUUCCUCUGCUUUCCUGCAGGGGAAAUAAGUAGCAACUCCAGCUCAGCGGGAGAAGAGAAGCUACAGCUGCCGGUUGGACUCUGCCAGGGAGCUGCUGUGUGUGUGUG